AUGAACAAUAGCCACCUGUUUUCCCCCUCUUCUCCUCUCCCCCGUCCGGCGGGAGCCACGUUCCAUGACCUGUACCUGCUCGUUCCCGCCUUCACCACCAUCCUCCUCCUGUCCCUCUCCGGCUCGGCGAGGAUGGCUGCUGGGGGGAAUCGUUCCCGUCCGAGGCUGGCCGCCGCAUCGUCACGCUCCUCAGCGCGAACGGGCCUCCCCCACGUUUCCUCGGCCAUCCCGUGGGUUGGACACGCGCUCAAGCUCCAUCGCGACGGCGGACGGUACGUCGACGGCCUGAUACGCAAGACGCGGCAGCCCAUAUUCAGCAUCGACGUCCUGUCCAAGCGGCUGCUCGUCAUCGAUCCCUCCCUCGAUCGUGUCCUGGCGAAGCACGCGCGCCACACGAGCUUGAUCCAGCUCAUCGCCCUCGUCGGCAGACGCGCCCUUCACCUCGGUGACAAGGCAAUUCGCAUCCUCAACGAGUACGACCCGCGGCCCUUCCACGCCCAUGCCCUCUCGAGCCCUCAGGGGUCGCUGGAGCUUGCCGAGGCCUCGGUCUCGUACCUCGGCGAACGGUUCGGCAAGCAGCCGCGGGUGCAGGAGGUCCCCCUCGGGCGCUGGCUGUUCGAAAUGGUCGCCUGCGCAACGGCACGGGCCGUCUGGGGCCCGGAGAACCCGUGGGCGGAGGACGGCGAGUUCAUGGACCAGUUCAUCAUCUUGAGCGACGAAUUCGAGUCCUUGUGCCGGCCCUUGCCCUCCAUCACGGCCAGGGCGGCAUACCGUGCCCGCGAGCUCGUCGUCGGCAAGCUCGUCGCUUUUCACCGCGCCCACCGCUCGGCUCGAAUGUCGAGCCUGGCCCACCGAACCAACGCGAUAUACAUCAACGAUGCCGACUGGGAGACCAACCUGGACUACUACAAGUUUGAGCUGAUCGAGGCCUUGGGUCUUUUGCCGACGGCGAGCACCGUCUCCGUCUGGCUUGUCCGGUACCUCCUCGUCAACGACGAGCUGCGGCGGAAAGUCGUCGACGAGAUCCGUCAGCUCAAGGCAACGACGGGUGAAGACGCCGGCCGUGGCUCCGCGCUGGGGCAUCUGGAAAUGAGCAAUAUUCGCGAGACUUGCCCCCACCUCGUUGCCGCUUGGCAUGAGACGAUGCGCCUCUGCAUGACCAUGGUGCCCCGCGUCGCCUCGAGCGAUUUCACCCUGACCCUGCCUCCCUCCUGCGCUUACCCAUGCCCGCCCGUUGCCGGACCGAUAUCCAUCUUCAAGCACGACGUUGUCCUCCUGCCGAUGCUCUCCUUCAACCUCGAUCCCAAGACAUGGGGGCCGGAUGCCGAAUCCUUCAGGGCCGAGCGCUUUCUAGAUGAUAGUGGGAGGCUGCGCUGCCAGCUGACGCAGAAGGUACGCGGCUUUGGCGUCGCCGGCAACUUGUGUCCGGGCAGGCGCUUCGGCUCCGAGACGGCCCUUUUGACGGUGGCGACGCUGCUGAGAGACUUUGACGUCGAGAGCGCGACCGGCGCGCCGUUUCCUCCGCCGCCAAGGCGGGAAGCGAUGAAUUUUGGAUUCGACCGGCUGGGCGACGAAGUGCAGGCGAGACUUGUGAGAAUCCGCUGA